AUGCCCCUGCAGGAGGCUGGAUCCAGCCCCAGAGCUAACAACCAACCUCACACCAGGCUCCUGCACCUCCAGCAGCACCCAGAUCUCCCUGCUGGGGGAAUGGCAGCAGUCUUUUGCACUGUCACAGCUUUUAGGAGGGGCCCUCCUGAGCAGCAGUCACUGCCUGAGGACAGCCAAGGUUUCUAUGCUGGGAUUAAGUUUUCACCAGAGUCACUAGAAAUUGCAGAGGAUGGCAAGGAGCACGUUUUGACUGUCCUGAGCACAGUACCCAUUGCAUGUCCUGGGCAGGACGAUUCCUGUAAAAUUACUUUGCAACUAAGUACUGAGGACCUGGGCAGCCGGGUGCCAGGGCCCCCAGACAUCGCCCUCUCGGCCUGCCGGGUGUCUCUGAGGCCAGGGCCCUGCUCGGGGAGCAGCUGUGCAGCAGCCACGGUGACAGUGACAGCGGUGACAGACUUUGCGCAGGACGGGAGCCGCGCCAGCCGCCUCCGUGCCCGGCCGCUCGCGCCGGGGGAUUGGCUCUGGAGGGCUCACACGCCCAGGGAUGUGAAGGUCACAGUCCGAGACCUCCCAACAGGGAACUGCUACUCUUUCACUGAUCCACACAUUAUCACAUUUGAUGGAUGGCGCUAUGACAGCCAUAAAGUCGGGACGUUCGUGCUGUGCCGCAGCGACUCGCGCGCGUUCGAGGUGCACGUCCGGCAGCGGGGCUGCGGCGGCCACCGCUCCAACACCGCCUGCAACUGCGGCGUGGCUGCACGGGAGGAGGGUGACACCGUGCUGCUGGACACCUGCAAUGGACACUUUCAGGACAGCAGGCCCCAGCUGACCAUCAAAAGCACCGAGGCGUCACCACGAGUCAAGAUCCUGAAGUCUUACGGAGGCAGGAAAAUAACAAUCCUGUUCCCUUCGGGAGCGUUUGUCCGAGCGGACCUGAGCGCGUGGGGAAUGGGUGUGACAGUGAGGACACCGGGCAGGGACUUCAACAGCACCCGCGGGUUGUGCGGCCUCUUUGACGGGACCGCUCACAACGACCUCGGCAACGCGCCCGAGGAAGACUUCAUAGAGCAGUGGAGAAUUCCUCCAGGGAAGAGUUUAUUUGACAAGACUCCAGCACCCUCUGAGAGGAAGCAAAGGAAAAGUUUCUGCAGGUGCCAGAAGGGGAACACCAAGCCUGUGCCCGUGGUAAACACAAAAAAUGCCUUUCAGAGUCCUUCCCCUCAGCCCUCUGGUUGCUACCAUGACCAUGUGGAUCACAGCUCUGCAAUCCCAUACCUGGAUGUUACAUCUGAAUUUGUCACUCACACAGAAACAGAAUCAACUUUGAGAAAGGAUGAGAAACUACCGACCAUGACUUUUGGUCAAAGAUAUUUUUCUAAAUCAGUCCAAAAGCGAAAAAGCCCUGAGGUUCCACUAAAGCCCUUCCCACACAAUGUUUCCAUGAACAGCAACAGUUCCAUUGACUCUACCAAACCAACAGGAGACCUAAGAAAAGCGAAAAGGCAAGACAAGUAUUAUGAAUACUUAUCCUUUCACCCAUUGCAUGGCCCAGCCCAGAGAGAUUCAAAGAGCUUUGCAUAUUUUUUCCCCGAGGACUACUUUGAAGGAGUUCAGAUGAAAUUUCCACUGUCAUGGCCCACUCCCAAUGGCCUGACUGCCACCAAAGCUCAGGAGAUUUGCCACCAAGUUCUUGCAAACUCCACCAUUGGCUUGGCGUGUAAAGACCUCCUGGCAAAAUACCUGGAUGAGGCAAUUGAUAUUUGCCUUUUGGACCUGCAGCUCAAAGAUGACGUGGCUUGGGUGAGGGCACUGACAGCCCUUUUGGAGAAUGAGUGUGAAAGGAGAGUGCUGGGGAACGGGAAGGGAGAGCUCCACAUUGGAAACCAGCCUUCUGCUGCCCGGGAGGAAAUCCUCGCUGCUCUCCGGUGCCCCGCGCUGUGCAGCGGCCGCGGACACUGCACGGAACGGGGCUGCCAGUGCCGUGAAGGCCACGGCUCCUACGACUGCAGCACUGCCAAAAAGCAAGCUCUGGAAAUCACGGGCUUGGAGAACGGGGGCCUCUGUGAUGUCCGUGCCUCGGACUGCAGCAGGAUCCGCGUGUUUGGCCUCGGAUUCAAGGAGUCUCCCAGCCUGCACUGCCAGCUCACCAGGUUAAUCCAUCUCGAUGGCAAAUGGAUAUCAAGAGAACAAGAAAGCACAAGAGCAGAUUUUCUGAGCUCUGAGGCUGUUGAGUGUCAGAUCCCACUCCUGAGCAUCACGGAGGCCGUGCACUUCGUGGCCGGUGACGAGCCGUUCGCAAGAUGGCAAGUGAAAAUCACUAACGAUGGCUUCCAGUACAGUAAUUCCCGAGUGCUGACCCUGUACGACGCGGCCUGCCAGGUCUGCCAAUUCCAUCCGACCGGACUUUGUAAAUUAAAGGAAAAUACAUGCAACAUAGAUGGACUUUGCUAUGGUGAAGGAGAGUCAAGCCCUACAAGCCCUUGUCUUCUCUGUGAACCUGGCAUCUCUAAGUUCACCUGGUCCAUUAAUGAAAACAACCUGCCUCCUGUGUUCCAGGCCCCCUCCAGCCAGCUGCUGACAUUUCUUGGUGAGAAUUUUGUUUACCAGCUAAUGGCAGUGGAUCCAGAAGGGUCAGCUGUGCUUUUCAUCUUGGAGGCUGGGCCACGGGGUGCCAGGCUCUCUCCUGCUGGCCUUCUCCUCUGGAAAGUGGACUCAGAAGAAACUCAGAUCUUUGAAUUCACUGUGGCAGACGAGUGCAAUGCACAGAGCAGAUACUCUAUUGAGGUCGGAGUGAAGCCCUGCAGCUGCCUCAGCGGUGGCACAUGUGUCACCAAUAUUAAAUACCCUCCAGGCCUGGGUGAAUACCUGUGCUUGUGUCCAAAUGGAUUUGAUGGAGAAUUCUGCCAGGAAGACCUCAGGGACUGCAAAUCAAACCCCUGUGGCAGCGGAACCUGUGUGGACAGCGUGGAGAGCUACUUUUGUAAAUGCCCCCCUGGUUUGGGAGGGCUUACUUGUCAGGAAGACAAGAAUGAAUGUGAAGAGAGCCUUUGUUUUCCUGGAGUGUCUUGUAUGAAUACCUUUGGAUCUUAUGUGUGUGGAAUUUGCCCCACUGGGAUGGAGGGAAAUGGUAAAACUUGCAAAGUGUUUUACAUGAUUUAUUUUAAUAGAUUAGGGGAAGGGUGGGGGGAAAUGGGUUCAGUUCUACUACUAUUAUCCCUAAUUGAGUAUUUUGCCACUCAUUUCAAGUACAGAACCUUAAAUGUACAAACCAGACUAUUGUCAUGUUAUAUUUAUGGGGAUAUUUGCAAAUUGCUCUGCUACUUUUCAUUUUGGUUGAUAACAAACCCCACAGCAUACAAAAAAUGCCCGUGCCAGCCGUGCCCAGCUGUGCCCACAGGCCGUGUUUCCCCGGGGUGCCCUGCGUUGACCGGAGGCCGCCUCACCUGGGCUACGUCUGCGGCCGCUGCCCGGCGGGGCUGCUCGGGAAUGGACGAACCUGCACCAGAGCCCCCCGACCAGCUGGCAGGCUGUGAGCUCUUGCUUUUUCCCAAUUGUCUCAACCCCUGUAAUGAGAGUGAUGCUUCAUUAAAGAUUGAGAACAGCUACCCCAGCAGUCCCAUCCUGUUCCUGCCCUUGCCAACAGACAGUUCCCUGUGCAUCAGGGCUGCUGUCACCCACAGCAGACAGCCCCAUGUAAUUUCUAAGACACUUGGCAUAAACCUCCCUGUAGCAUAUUUGAUAAUUAACUCUUUUACUUCUAGAACUGAUGUUUUGAUGUUUACUCCAAACCCAAAGGUUCACUGUGGUCCUUUCAACUCCAGACCAGCAAAUUUAACUAAUAUAUAUAUAUAUCUUCCUUUUGCCCUAGUUUCAAGGCCUUUCCAAAGCCAUGUGGAUUUUCCUGGAGGAAAUAUUGAAGAUGCUAGAGGCUCUCACAAAGAAGACAUAUCUAAGAUAUCAAGAAAUGUAUUUUCCCUUCUUUCCCAUCCCAAAAUUCCAAGACAAGAUAUUACAUUCCUUCUGGAAAGAAACCCCACAGUCAUUCACAUUCCAUCCCUUGCAAUGGAAAAGAAGACUUCCCAAGCUCAGACAUUGCCAGAAAAACAACCUGACAUGGAGUUCACAGCAGGUGAGAAACAACCUUUUCCUGAGAAAGGAAGUGACACACUCACACCCCUUCUGCAUGAGGAGCCAGAGCCCAGAGCCCCAGCUGUGACCUCCCACCCUGCUCCCCCUUUGAAGCAGCACAAAGAAACUACAGCACAGACUGUUCCUCCUCAUCCCAACACCAACGCAGGUUCAUUCUCUGCAAGGUCCCAGACUCCUUCCAGGCAUGGUUAUUCUCCCAGGAAAUGGGCCAGUCGAGUGGCAGUCUGGAGGAAUAAACCAGCCCAGGGUUUCCCAACAGAGCAGCCCGGAGCAUCUCCUUUGGCAAUGCACUUCUCCAUCCCUCACGGCUGGUUAAAUCCUUCCCUGGAUGCUGCACCCCCGAGCGUUGGUGCCCCAGCAGGGUCUGCCCCCAGAGCAAGGCUUGCAGCACCCACCACAGCGGGCAGGAACUUGUUCAGCAGAGCCAGGGCUGGUGUGGAGCUGCCAAAAUCCAGCGGUGGGGCGCACCACAAAGCGCUGUGCGCUGAUCUGCCGUGUUUCACUGGUGUCCCGUGCCAGCCAGCUGAAGAUGGAGAGUUUAAAUGUGGCCCUUGUCCCCCUGGCUACAGCAGUGAUGGAAUUACGUGUGAAGCGCAGUGUGAGCCGCCCUGUGAGCAUGGAGGAACUUGCCUGCCUCAGAACACCUGCUCCUGUGCUUAUGGAUUUGUAGGGCCUCGAUGUGAAACAAUGGUGUGCAACAGGCACUGUCACAACGGGGGUGUGUGUGUGUCACCAGAUGAGUGCCAGUGCAGGCGUGGGUGGAGCAGCCCCUCCUGUGACACAGCUGUGUGCAAUCCUGUGUGCCUGAAUGGGGGAGUCUGUGUACGGCCAAACGUGUGCUCGUGUCCUUCUGGUUUCUACGGGCCACAGUGCCAGAGAGCUGUUUGCAUUCCCCCCUGUAAGAACGGUGGUCACUGUGUCCGGACCAAUGUCUGCUCCUGUGCCGAGGGCUACACUGGAAGGAGGUGCCAGAAAAGUGUUUGUGAUCUCACGUGCAUGAACGGGGGGAAAUGUGUCCGCCCAAAUGUCUGUGACUGUCCCUCUGGCUGGAGGGGAAAGCACUGCAGCAAACCUGCCUGCCUGCAGAAAUGUCUCAAUGGAGGGGAGUGCGUCGGCCCCAACACCUGCGAGUGCUCCGGAGGAUGGGUGGGAACGCUGUGCCAGACCCCACUUUGUGAGCAAAAGUGUCAGUUUGGAAGCAAAUGCAUCAGACCAAAUGUCUGUGCUUGCAGAAGUGCCUGUGCUGGUUCAGCAUGGGAGAAGAAGGUGAGGCCCAAACCCACUGAUCCUUAUGGAAACAACAAAAAACACCAGAUGUAA